CCCAAUGUAUGACGCAAACUUACGGAUACAUAUAUUGCACUCAGGUCACGUAUCCAGGUUUUGACCUACUGACCUACACGAUCCCGUGACGUCACGGGAAAGCAGUAGGACAGCGAAAGGGUGGCAAGGCUGGAAUAGGUGGAACUUCAAUAUGACGAAGGAAAUGUUUUUCUCGGUACGCUGAAAUGAUGGGAAUAAUUCAGACGUUAUAAGCAUUUUCUGUGAAAUAUAUCAUCGCGCGAUCGAAAGGAAGGCUUUCAUCGCCAAGAAUCAUCGAUGUCAAUGACAGCUUCCUGGUUAGAUCUAUUUAUCAUCGCUCAGACAUCCUCAUUCUGACAGCAACGAUUUCUGCCGAAUUAUUUACCACCAUCACAAGUCAACGAACAGAUUUGAGCGCCACUGCAUGAGCAGUGGAUGCAAAUUUUUUGGGGUGGAGAUUGAAGAGAUACAUUUUAAUUGGAAUACUUGGUAUAAUUGAAAACGAGAUACCAUCGCCGUCUUUUAUGAGUCAGUAUUCACGGCCAUUCUAUGAUUCGGAUAGUCGACCCAUCUUCUAGUUUCAGGCAAAACGCCAGCGAGUGGAUCUAUAAGAUGUUAUUUCUCUGGUCGAGGGAGCCGUCAAUUCCGAACCCCAGAAUCCAUGGUUCGCCUGGUCCAUGGUUCGCCUGGUUUGCUACGGCCGUUCUAUUGUGGCGUUGUCGACGUCGCAUCACCAGAGCAAUUCUGGCGGUCUCGCCGCUAAAACUGCUAAGAAGACGCAAUGCCGGUCUGGCGAUUAAUCAGAAAAUGAUAUUGAAGCAGCAGAAGCGACACGGCCUGACGCAAUUACACAAGCACAAGGCCAUUGGCAUACGGCGGGCGAAGCGACUGUGCACCGGCGACGGUCCGCACAUGUCCGGCGACAUGUCAAUGAUUCAAGCCGCACCGCAAAUCCAUUAUAGGGUCACCAGAAGCGGCAGGGUGUACGGCAAAUACCCGAACAAGACCGCUAUACCGAACAGCAGCAUUCAAGGAAGCCACUGACGCCGCAUUAGGAUUAUCGAGCUCCCAUCCAUUGUCCUUGUCCCCUUAUACAAAUUUCGUGAUCGUCGUGAUCGUCGUCGUGUUGUUGACGUAACUCCUCCGAAAUAAUCGCGCGAAUAUGACAUGAUAUGCUUUUAUAUCUUUCUCUCAUGACAUAAAUUUCUUUUAUAAAAAAUGUGCCGUUUUCUUAACUUAUGCCGAUGCGCGAAUCUGGAAGAAUAUGCACUAUAAUCAUUUUUCGCAUUUGUUAAGAAUUGAAUUAGAAUUAAUUAAAUUAUUUCAUCUCGAUGUAAUUUGGAAGUAAUAACAUGUGCCACAACAUUUAGCAGAUUCAAUUAUUCAUUAUUUUUUAUUACGCACGAAAUGUUAUACAGAAAUUAGAUGACGCAGUUAUACGUUUCAUAGAAAAUUAAAUAAUAUUAUUGAUUUAAUAAAUAAUUGGUUUCAGCAAUUUGAUAAUUUAAUUUGCAUUUGUGCGAAUUGUGGAUAAUCUUUGCGAAAAAAUUAAAAUUACGUUAAUAGAAAUAAAAUAU